AUGGCUUUAAACCUCCUCUCAUUCUCGGCUCGACCGUCGCCCACCUUCUCCGCCGCCACGUGUCAAGCCUCCGCCGCCACUUUCUCAGUGCACAGCCUUACUCCUCCGCCUCCGCCUCCGCCUCCUCCACCGCCACAACCACCUCUGCUGUCGCUCCCUCAAAAAUCUACCCCAACGCCUCUCCCUUCAUCUUCCUGUUCUCUUAACUGCCCCCAUUUUCAAUUCUGUUCGGGUUGUACUCACGAGUACAGCCUCCAUCAUCCGCCGAUUCUGGACGAGGCAAUUGACUUCUUCGAGAAACUCGGUGUGUCAGGCUUCGAUUUUGAUACUUGCAGACUGUGGGGAUGGAGGUGUCGUGCAAAGCUAGCAGUUCGGGGUUCAUCAACCAAGCCUUUGAUUGGGCUUUAUCAAGAACGCACUCACGAUAUAGUUGAUAUUCCUGAAUGCAAGGCUCAUCAUCCAAGUAUUAAUGCAGCUGUGGAGCUACUGAAACAAGGAAUGUCUAAAUUGAAUAUUGAGCCGUAUGAUGAAGAUCAAGGAACUGGAGAACUGAGAUAUGUACAGAUGGCUGUGACUACAUACAACACAUCUCUACCUGCUUCUCAAAGAUACAAAAACGGUAAAGUGCAGGUUGCUUUGGUUUGGAACUCCGGAAAUGAGAACUCGCCUAGUUCGGAAAAGUUAAAUGAUCUGGCCAGUUUCCUAUGGAGAAAUGGUGGGACAAAAGGGAAAGUCCAUUUGAUUCAUUCUAUCUGGGCUAACUUUCAGACAUCAACAAAUAAUAUUAUUUUUGGCAAUAGAUGGAGACAUCUUUUAGGUGAAAGAGACUUCUGGGAGCAUGUUGGAGGAAUUGACGUUUCUCUGGCACCGUCAAGCUUUGGGCAAGCAAAUACACGGGCAUUUGAUUUUCUACUCCGUAAGUUACACAAGUAUGUUCCUUAUGGUGCUUCAGUUGUUGAUCUCUAUGCUGGAGCUGGUGUCAUUGGAUUAUCUUUGGCUACCACGAGGAAAUGCCGGUCAGUAAAAUGUGUCGAGGUUAACAGAGAGUCAAAGGUUUCUUUUGAGAAGACAGCUGCUCGUUUAUCAGAAACCCUAGAUGGCAGCAUCAGUUGGCAUCAUGCAGACGCGUCGAAAGAACCAUUUUCUUGGCUCGUGGGUUCAGAAGUCGUAGUGGUUGAUCCUCCCCGGAAGGGGCUGGAUCUGUCUCUGCUGGAUACACUGCGGUCUCUGUCAUCUGUGGAGCUCAAAGCCAAUCUCCCUGAAAGUACCGGUGGGAAGGUGAAAAAUGAAAAAAGACCGUGGAUUCUUCGAGAAAGAGAAACUUCAGUGCAGGUUAACAGCAGCACAGUACAAGAGGAAAAUCGGUCCUUGCCUGAAACUCUAAUUUAUAUAAGUUGCGGAUGGGAUAGUUUUAAAGAGGAUUGCAUGUCACUGCUCUCUAGUAAGGCCUGGUAUUUGGACAAAGCACAUGGUUUCAAUUUUUUCCCUGGAACAGAAAGUAUUGAGGUCCUGGCCGUGUUUAAAAGAGGCUCUAAACCAAACAUCAAGAGAAGGAAAUCUGGAAAAAAGAAAAGACCCUCUUGA